AUCUUCAUGCUUCACCUACACCUCGCGCAGUUGCAGUGCCACUCGAAAAGCACCUCCAUUGUUCCAAUUAAACCUCGAUUUUCCGAUUGAAUCGAUGGGUUUUCCGGUCGGAUACACCGAUUUGUUCCUCCCAAAAUUGCUGUUCCAUUUCCUGACGAUUUUGGGAAUUUUCAGGAAAUUUGUGUGUGCAGCGCUGUCCCUUCUCGGCCUUGGCGAUUUCCUUGAGCCGGAGGCGGCGGCGGCGGAGACGGAGGCCAGGGCGGAGUAUGGGGCGGAGCUGAGGUCGGUUUCGGCGGCGCUCAUAAGAGAGCUGCUGCCGGUGGUGAGCUUCGCGGACUUGGCCGGCGAUCUGGACCCGCCGGAGAACUGCGCGGUCUGCUUGUACGAAUUCUCCGGCGAGGAUGAGAUCCGACGGCUGGCGAACUGCCGGCACAUAUUCCAUCGAUGCUGCCUCGACCGUUGGAUGGACCACGAUCAGAAAACGUGCCCGCUCUGCCGUACGCCUUUCAUCCCGGAGAAUCUCCAGGAGGCCUUCAACGAACGCCUCUGGAUGGCCGCCGGAAUUACGGAUUCCGACGCCGAUUAUCCGGCGAUUACUUCUUACCUAUAGUAAUCCUUGUAGAUUCAGGGUUUUCAUCAUCUUAAUUUCAUCCCUUAUAGCUUCUUUUUAUUUACUUUUUUUUUAUAUAGUGUAAAUAAUUAAACACAAUUAGAAAUUUUGGAGAAUUCUGGCACCAAUUGGGACUACAAAGAAUGGAUUUUUGUGUAGAUUUUUUUUUUUUUUUUUUUUUUUUUUUGAUUAAUGGAAAGUUGUCUCCACAUUAUUUGAUCAAGAACCCUCUGCAGAAAUAAAAAGUGUACCGUGAAGAAGAUAAACCACAGGAGUUCUUGAAUAUGUGAAUGAGAAUUAUAUAUAUAUAUAUAUAUAUUAAAUUAUUACUUAUUUUAUUUGGGUUAAGAGAAGUUGUUGGAGAGUGUGUGGCUAACUGUUUACGUGAAGGCCAUAUAUAUUCAACAACUUCAGAUGGAUCGAUUUAUCUAAGA